CGCGUCCUUGGGCUCCGAGAUGGGGUCGGUUCGGUUUCGAGCCCAGAUCCCUCGGCGAAACUGGACAGGAUCGACGUGGCAGGGAGCCCCUGAACAAAGUCAAGAUCCGCCUCUCACCUGGGUCCUCAGCACCUGACACCCGGUGUGGAUGUCCGGAAAGUUUACUAAUCAAAUGAGUGACCACGUCUGGUCUGUCCUGCGCCUGCCCUGGACCACUGGCUGCCCACAAGACAUGAAGGAUGGCAUCCAAGGGGGCCGGCGUGUCUUUCUCCCGCAAGAGCUAUAGGCUGACCUCAGACGCUGAGAAAUCCAAGGUCACAGGCAUUGUCCAAGAGAAGCUGCUUAAUGACUACCUGCACCGCAUCUUUUCCUCUCGUGAUCAUACACCGACCACAGCCACCAACAGGAAAUCCCUGAACUUCCAGAACCUACCAGAGCAUCUGGACCAGCUGUUACAUGUGGACAUUGAGGAUGAGGAGAGCCAGGGACAGAUUGAAGGGCGGCUUGGCCCAUCCACUGUGGUCCUAGACCACACAGGUGGCUUCGAGGGGCUUCUUCUGGUGAAUGAUGACCUCCUGGGGGUGAUUGGACACAGCAACUUUGGUACUAUCCGCUCUACCACAUGCGUGUACAAAGGGAAAUGGGUCUACGAGGUACUCAUCUCCUCCCAGGGGCUCAUGCAGAUCGGCUGGUGCACUAUCAACUGCCGCUUCAAUCAAGAGGAGGGGGUUGGAGAUACACACAACUCCUAUGCUUAUGAUGGCAACCGGGUACGCAAGUGGAAUGUGACCACAACAAAUUAUGGCAAGGCAUGGGCAGCAGGGGACAUCGUGAGCUGUCUGAUCGACCUGGACGACGGCACUCUGUCCUUCUGCCUGAAUGGCGUGUCGCUUGGUACCGCCUUUGAGAACUUAUCCAGGGGCCUAGGCAUGGCCUACUUCCCAGCCAUCAGCCUCUCCUUCAAGGAGUCUGUCGCCUUCAACUUUGGCAGCCGUCCUCUGCGCUACCCAGUGACGGGCUACCGGCCCCUGCAGGACCCGCCACGUGCUGACCUGGUACGGGCACAGAAGUUGCUGGGCUGCUUCCAGGCCGUGCUCGGUGUGGAGCUGGACCCUGUGGAAGGGCGGCUGGUAGAGAAGGAAAGCUCCCAGUGGCAGUUGCAGGGCCAGCCCACCGUCCUCCUCACACUGGCCCACAUCUUCCAUCACUUCGCACCACUCCUGCGCAAGGUGUACGUGGUGGAGGCCGUGCUCAUGAGCUUCCUGCUGGGCAUCAUGGAGGUGGGCACCCCAGCACAGGCGCAGUCCGUGGUGCGCCAGGUCCUGGACCUCCUGUGGCUCUUCAUGGAGGACUAUGAGGUACAGGAUUGCCUCAAGCAGUUGAUGAUGUCUCUGCUGCGGCUGUACCGGUUCUCGCCCAUUGUCCCAGACCUGGGCCUGCAGAUCCACUACCUGCGACUCACCAUCGCCAUCCUGAGGCAUGAGAAGUCCCGCAAGUUUCUGCUUAGCAAUGUCCUCUUUGAUGUGCUCCAGUCCGUUGUCUUCUUUUACAUCAAGAGCCCCCUGCGUGUGGAGGAGGCUGGUCUACAGGAGCUCAUUCCCACCACCUGGUGGCCCCACCGCUCAAGCAGGGAGGGCAGAGAGAGUAAGGAGGUGAAGGAUGAGACCGCUGAGGAGCGGCUACGGCGGCGUGCCUAUGAACGGGGCUGCCAAAGGCUCAAGAAGCGCAUCGAAGUGGUGGAAGAACUCCAGGUCCAAAUCCUGAAGCUGCUGUUGAACAAUAAAGAUGAAAAUGGGGGUGAAGCUUCUAGGUACAUCUUCCUGACCAAGUUCCGAAAGUUUCUGCAGGAGAAUGCCAGUGGCCGGGGGAACAUGCCCAUGCUCUGCCCCCCUGAGUACAUGGUCUGCUUCUUACACCGGUUGAUCUCUGCCCUACGCUACUAUUGGGAUGAAUACAAGGCUUCAAACCCCAGCGCCUCCUUCAGUGAGGAGGCCUACAUCCCGCCCCAGGUCUUCUAUAAUGGCAAGGUGGACUACUUUGACCUGCAGCGCCUUGGAGGCCUCCUCUCCCACCUUCGGAAAACUCUCAAAGUUCCGUCAGUGACCCCUCGCCCCUCCACUGGCCUGAGAGCCCUCCUGCCAUUCCUCUCAGAUGACCUUGCCUCCAAGGCCAACAUCCUGAUUGACCCACUGGAGCUCCAGGCAGCCACCAUGGAUGACCUGGAUGAGGAUGAGGAGCCAGCCUCGGCUGCGGCUGCAGCUGCAGCCCAGCGCCCCAUGCAGGCCCUGGCCAUGGGGGGCGCACUGCCCCUGCCUCGGCCUGGCUGGCUCAGUUCUCCAACCCUGGGCCGAGCCAACCGCUUCCUCAGCACAGCAGCUGUGAGCCUGAUGACCCCACGGCGGCCUCUGAGCACCUCGGAGAAAGUGAAAGUCCGCACGCUGAGCGCUGAGCAGAGGACCCGUGAGGACAUUGAGGGCAGCCACUGGAAUGAAGGCCUGCUGCUGGGACGACCCCCUGAGGAACCUGAGCAGCCCCUCACUGAGAACUCCCUGCUGGAAGUCCUAGACGGUGCUGUCAUCAUGUAUAAUCUCAGCGUUCACCAGCAGCUGGGCAAGAUGGUGGGUGUGUCCGAUGAUGUCAAUGAGUAUGCAAUGGCUCUGAGGGACACAGAGGACAAGCUUCGCCGGUGCCCCAAGUGGAGGAAGGACAUCCUUGCAGAGUUGACCAAGAGCCAGAAGGUUUUCUCGGAAAAGCUGGACCACCUGAGUCGCCGUCUUGCCUGGGUCCAUGCCACAGUCUACUCCCAAGAGAAGAUGCUGGACAUCUACUGGCUGCUGCGCGUCUGCCUGCGGACCAUCGAGCAUGGUGACCGCACAGGUUCUCUCUUUGCCUUCAUGCCUGAAUUCUACCUGAGCGUGGCCAUCAAUAGCUACAGCGCUCUCAAGAAUUACUUUGGCCCUGUGCACAGCAUGGAGGAGCUCCCAGGCUAUGAAGAGACCCUGACCCGCCUGGCCGCCAUCCUUGCCAAACACUUUGCUGACACACGCAUCGUGGGCACUGACAUCCGUGACUCACUAAUGCAGGCCCUGGCCAGCUACGUGUGCUACCCACACUCCCUGCGAGCUGUGGAGCGGAUCCCUGAGGAACAGCGCAUUGCCAUGGUGAGGAGCCUCCUGGCUCCCUAUGAGCAGCGGCCCUGGGCCCAGACCAACUGGAUCCUGGUGCGGCUCUGGAGGGGCUGUGGGUUUGGGUACCGCUAUACACGGCUGCCACACCUGCUGAAAACCAAACCUGAGGACGCCAAUUUGCCCAGCCUUCAGAAGCCGUGCCCUUCCACCCUGCUGCAGCAGCACAUGGCAGACCUGCUGCGGCAGGGUCCUGACGUGGCCCCCAGCUUCCUCAACAGCGUCCUCAACCAGCUCAACUGGGCCUUCUCUGAGUUCAUCGGCAUGAUCCAGGAGAUACAACAGGCUGCUGAACGCCUGGAGCGGAAUUUUGUGGACAGCCGGCAGCUCAAGGUAUGUGCCACCUGCUUUGACCUCUCAGUCAGCCUGCUGCGCGUCUUGGAGAUGACCAUCACACUGGUGCCUGAGAUAUUCCUUGACUGGGCCCGGCCUACCUCUGAGAUGUUGCUGCAGCGUCUGGCACAGCUGCUGAACCAAGUGCUGAAUCGGGUGACGGCUGAGAGGAACCUAUUUGACCGCGUGGUCAGCCUGCGGCUGCCUGGCUUGGAGAGCGUGGACCACUACCCUAUUCUAGUGGCAGUGACAGGCAUCCUGGUGCAGCUCCUGGUGCAUGGCCCAGCCUCAGGGAAAGAGAGAGCCACAUCAGUGCUCCUGGCUGAUCCUUGCUUCCAGCUCCGCUCUAUAUGCUAUCUCUUGGGGCAGCCAGAGCCUUCUGCCCCUGGUACUGCCCUGCCUGCCCCUGACCGGAAGCACUUCUCGCUACAGAGCUACACAGAUUACAUCAGUGUUGAGGAGCUGGCCCAAGUGGAACAGAUGCUGGCACACCUGACCUCUGCAUCUGCCCAGGCAGCUGCUGCCUCCCUGGUGAGUGGGGCCAGGUUCACACCACCCAAAUACACUUCAGCACAACUGUGUGCGCACCACACAGGCAUAGUGUAUGUCCACUUGUCUGGACAUCCAAUCCCAGCCCACCCUGCAUUCUGCUCCCUGCAGCCCACCAGUGAAGAAGACCUCUGUCCCAUCUGCUACGCUCACCCCAUUUCUGCUGUGUUCCAGCCCUGUGGCCACAAGUCCUGCAAAGCCUGCAUCAACCAGCACCUGAUGAACAACAAGGAUUGCUUCUUCUGCAAGGCCACCAUCGAGUCUGUAGAGGACUGGGACAAGGCAGCUAAUGCGAGUGCCACUUCCUCGACCACCUAGGCCCGCCUAGCCCACACAGCAGGAGCCUCCACCCUCGAACCCAGGCCCACACUGGGCCCUAUUUAUGAGCUCCCCUUGCUGUUCCCCUAUCACCCCACCACCACCACACCCACCCUCCUUGCCUGUGUGUAAACUCAUUGGCGGGGGCCCAGCCAUGCCCUAAUUGUGCCUGAGCUUGACCUUCAGUCAGGGCCACAGUGAGCAUUAAAUUAUUAUUCCAUACA